ACACAACAUUUCAGAAACAAGAUUUUGUGUUGCUCCAUUCACAUCUUUGCCGUGGUUAUUAGUGUGAACUUGGUCUUCUUGAUGAAAUCUUUUUUCGCGUCGUGUUUCAAUCAUUGAUAAAACAGAUUGUGACUAUCGUGCGAUACAUUCCGAUAAAUAUAAUAUUAUAUUGAAAUCCCAUAAUCUUGUUUAGGGACAAUUUUUAUUUUGCGUGGAAUUACAUAUCGUCGAAAUAAUUUCUCUUUUAAUUUUAUUUAAAAACAAACAAAGAAACCACUUUACGUUGUAAUACGCGAGUUUCGUAAACGGUGCUUCUUAUAACGGAGAUCAGGAUGAGGUGUUCAUCGAUGGUUCUGAUGGUCUUCGUUUUCUUUGGCCAAUACAUCGUUUAUUCUCCGCAGGCGCUUAGUUUCAGAGAGGAAGUUGAGCAAGAAAUGGAUAAAUAUAAUAAGAGAAGUUACCAAUUAUGUCCCCGAUUGCGACUGAAUAACGGAAGGGUUCGUCCACGGGCACGAGGUCGAAUCGUAAGGUUCAGUUGUAACGACGGAUUCAUUCUCGUGGGCAACAGGUAUUCCACGUGCGUGCAUGGUGUAUGGGACACUCCUAUUCCCGUGUGUGUGAAUGCCGAAUGCCCGAAGCCAAAUCCACCCCCUCACUCGGUUAUGGGAUCAAAGUUGGACGGCGCGAUAUUGAUGUUCUUUUGUGAGCCCGGCUAUUCGCUCAUCGGCAGUCCUGAAAUUUAUUGCAAUGGAUAUCAGUGGAAUGGAACGACCCCUUUUUGUCGAAAUACAAACACGUCCGCAAUGACGAAGUGCGACUUCGAGACGUCAGAUCUCUGCUGGUGGGAGGCGGAUCCGUUUCACGAUUUCAAUUGGCAACGUCACAACUUCGAGACGCCGAGCAUGCACGUCGGCACCGGACCGACGCACGAUCACACUUUGGGAAGCGGAAAUAAUGGCUACUAUCUCUAUAUCGAGGCGUCCGGACGAUUAGUGAACGAUACGGCGAGAAUCAUAUCCCCUCUGUACAAUUCGUCAUUGACGGAAUCCGGAUGCUUCUCGUUCUGGUAUCAUAUGUACGGUUUUACGAUGGGUUCGUUGAAUGUGUACUUCAAGCGAGAGGAUUCCACGCCACAACUGAUGUUCAGUAAGAGCGGGAAUCAAGGAAAUCAAUGGCUUAACGGCAUUUUCAACUUGCCGAAAUCUAAUGUUAGCUUUCAAAUUGUCAUAGAAGGGGUGCGAGGCGCUAGUUACGUAAGCGAUAUCGCGAUAGACGAUGUUGCUAUUUUACAAGGCGAUGAAUGUGUCGUUAGAAACGAGUCCGUGACUAACAUGACCUCGAGCGAUUAUGAUCAGAUUGAGAUAAUCAAUGCGCAGCAGACCUGCCGGAACAGAUGCACGUUUUUUGUGACAGAAAGUACUGUUUCCACAAAAUCGACAUUUGCUACCGAGGGACCGGAGCCCUGCCUUUGUACGAUCGAUUGUGCAGAUCGCUCCCUCUGUUGCCCGGAUUACGCUGAAUACUGCAUACUAGCCUACACUGGCACGAUAUUCGAUAGCACGACGAAAUCAGCGAAUGUAACGCUUAUGGUGCCAGCAGAAGCUACCACUGUGAAGAGAUUCCCGAUAAAUCCGAAAGAUGACAUCGAUCCAGACGUGCCCUCAACAGUCACCAGAUCCACAAUGUCAAGUGUUAUCAUGAAAACCUACACUACAAAAAUCGUCUUUGCCACAACAAGAAAGCCUCAGACUAAGAAAACGACACGUGUGAUUAAACCAACGCCGCAGGUGGAAACAAAGGAAACGCCCUUCGAACUCAAGACAACUACGAGGCAAUCCGAAGAGACACCGACGAAGCACGCGAAACUUCAAGAUCAAUCUGAUCAAUAUGAUGCGGAGCGGAAUCCGGAGAAAGUGAAACACCGUGGAAACAUUGAACUGGAAAUCGUCACCGCGGUCGGAGCGACUUUAUUUGUGCUCUUCGUGGCGCUUACAAUCAUGAUCAUCUUUAUCAGGAGAAAGAAAUCUUACAAGAGAGGAACGAGCGGUUCGGCGCUCUCAGAGGACAGCGACGUCCGUUUCCUGACAUCGGACGAAAUACUUGAUUUUAAUUUAGCUCGACCUACUGAUAAUGACGAGCUGUAGCCUCGAAAUAUCAAAAUUUGUUAUUCAAAAUUAAAUCGAUUUGAGUAUUUUAUCAUACUCUCUUGAUGAACAAAUCAAUAGCGGUAAAUGCAUUUUAUUGAUCUUUCACCAUUUCUUUAAUUUAACCUUUUGCAUACAGACUUAAAAAUUGACGACUAAUACAGACUGGGUCUGUGAGACCCACGCGACUUUAAAAUCGAAUAUCUACGCGAAAAAUCAAUAUUUUUUCAAUUUUG